GCGAGCUCGGGAGCUCUGAAGCCUCGCGAGGCCGAGUCCUCUCGGACCCAAGGCAGGUUGCGAGUCGCUGCGGGACUCUCGCAGUCGGAUGCCCCUUCUUGGGCUUCCCUCGGUUGGUCACCGAGUCCUACUGCCCAGUAGGCUUUUGCUUUGACCUCAGAGGGCAGAACCUCGCCAAAUCCCACCUGCGGGCGGCCGUCUGGCCGAGAUCAGCAGUUGUGGAGGGCUUGGGGAGUCUAGAUCCCUGGCCAGACACGUUUCUAGAGGAGGUGGGGGUCAGGUAUCUGGAAGACAGAAUGGAAACCCUUAAGCCGCAUGCAGGCAUGAGUAGUAGGAAUGUGCCACGCCGUUUUGGCGCUCAUCAGCCCACCGUGCGCACCAUUAAAAACAAGGCAGCGUUCGGGCCGGCGUGCAGAAUGCUUUCCAGUGCACAGGCAGACAGGAGAGAGCGUGAGAAAACAACCCCCUGUGGGGAAUGGUGCUGCUUCAGUCCAUUUUCCGUUUCUCCUUUCCGGAUGUUGGGCACACACGUAUGCACAUUCACCCAGCUGCCAGCUUGAACUGUGCAGUCAGCCAUGUGGGAUCUAGCUGCUUGCAUUCCCGAUGAUGGGAACGGAGAGGAGAUGGAAGCUGAGUUAACGUUUUGGAUCGAGGACCAGACCAUGGCAGGGCGACAUCUGACAAUUAAGGCCAUCUGGAAUCAGGAUAAACGCACAUAGAGGCGGAUGCAACUGGUGGGAGCGACUGGGAAGAGCAGCCCAGGAAGGCGGUAGCUUUCUUCAGCCCGUGGAUCAGGGUAUAACUGAAGCAUUCAGGAGCAAUUGCACCAAGCAUAUGUUUGACCACUUUGCUGACUGUACUGAAAAAAAAAAAAAAACCUUGUUUUUAUCUAGAAGGAAUGUGGUGACAUUACAACAGUGCUGAUGCUUUGGCAGUGAUCAAAGAGGCAGUGGGUGCUAUCAGACCAGCUGCUCCUAAUAAAGGUUGGUGGGAGACCAGGAGGAUAUUGUGACUGGUUGUGCAUGUUUCCCUAGAGCUAAUGAAGAUGCUGAAAAGUUGUAGAGUCUGCAGAAAUGAAUGGGUUUUCAUUCAUCAAUAAUAAGGGAAGAGAGAUUAAUGAGCUUCUCAAGUUUCAAUCUUGGGCAGUAACAGAGUUUAUGGUCAUAGAUGAAAAACAAGACAGGUCCCUGCAACCAGAGGUAAAGCUAAAUCUAAGGAAAUCAAAUGGCAUCUUGUGUCAGGCGUCAGACCUCACUGAUACUGCAAUUGAUAAGGAUAUUUUCCUAGAUCAAAGAUUAGCUUUUCGAAAAGAUUUCAAUAAAUUGUGCCUAUGAAGAAAUGCAAAAGAACCUUCAAAAUAAAGGGAAGGAGUUGAAGAAAGUAUGAAUGAUGAAGUAGUGUGGAUAAAGGCGAUAGGUACAGAAUCCGAGUCUGAGGGGAAGUCUGAGUUUUGCUCACAGUCUGAGUCUGAAUCAGAAUUUGAUGAAGAAAAAAGUAGAGGUUAAGACACCUCUAGAAGAAAAGUUGAGCCCUUGGGCAGUAGCACUAAGACUCUUGAUAUAUCUGAAGAAACUGCCAUGAAUGCAGCAUUGGGCUUUGGAAUCUAAUCUAGAAGCAUGCACAAAUGCAGAUCUGGACUUUUGAAAUCUAGCUUUCAUUCUGAAGAAAGAGGUGCCUAAGUUGAAAGACAACGAGGAUCAAGGGGCUGAUGCUUCCCAAUACCAGUUCGUUCCUUGCUCUCCUUCCUGUUACCAAACAACACCUUCAUCACUACCGUCAUCCUCAAAAUCACCAGCCCCAGAUCUGUGUCACUGUCAUUGAGUCAUUCAACAAACAUUGAGUUUCAAGUCUGUACAGAGUGGUGUGCUGACCUUGGGUACAUGGACUCAGGAAGUCAUGGGAUCUGAGAUCCUGACCACAUCUUUCCUGACUCUCCCCACGCUCAGGACCCUCGUUCUGCAGCUGCACUCAGCUGUCACCGGCAGCUAUGUUUCUGGCACUCACUCCAUCGUCUUUGUCAACUGUCCCAAUGAGCAAACUGCCAGAGACAUUGCCAGGGCCAUACUGGAUAAGAAGCUGGCUGCCUCUGUGAACAUCCUGCCCAAGGUGUCGUCACUGUACUUUUGGAAGGGAGAAAUAGAAGAAGCCACCGAGAUCCUGUUGUUAAUAAAGACAAAGACCUCCAAGGUCCUCAUGCUGUCCAGCUACAUCAGGUUGUUACAUCCGUUUGAAAUCCCAGAGGUCUUCAGUCUCGCCAUGAACCAAGGAGAUGUGCACUAUUUAAAGUGGUUUGAGGAGGCCGUGGAGGACUGAGUGGGGAAGCUCGGCGUGUGUGCUGCUGGGCCGCCUCUAGCCCUCACGAGCUGCUUUCUGGGAAGGGGAGGCCUGUCUCUGCCUCCCGACCUCUCUGGAUCUCAUGUUCCUGUCAGCGCAGAGGUGCUAAAUAACCGGUGGAGGCUGAAGAGCCAAAGUUCCUAAGGCUGUGAGAGAAAGCUGAGCCAAGCAGGCCACGCAAGAACCCAGUAGAACUUGUCUCUGAGUGUUUCACGCUUAAAGGUGGCCAAGGGGUCAGGGAAUGGGAAUGGCUGUGUUUAGGGACUGAGGGGAGGUGGCAGUGAGGCGAGGUUAGUCACCUUCCAGUCACUGGGCCUGCCUCUGAUGCCUAGGAUACAACUGCUCUGCCUCUCCUGGGGAGGAGUGAACCCAAUAGCCUUGCUCCCUGCAGUGUGCGGGAUGAAUGCCUCCCUCCAGACUGCACGUGCUUUAUUCCAAAGGAUGAUUUGCUAAUAGUGGAAUUUCAGGGAAUAGCAGGAUUAUUGCUCCGAGU